CUCUGAGGAGAAGUGGCUGUGAGGAGGGGCGACUCUGAGGAGAGGUGGCUCUGAGGAGGGGCGGCUUCCUUGCGUGGGUUUUUGAGUCUGUCAGACGUGAGGUCUCGGCCCCUUCCAUGCAGGAGCAUGGCUGCAUCUCUGGCCUCACAAAUGGACGCGCCCCUAGAGGUGGGUGGUUGCCUGCUGAUGAAGGUGGACACGGAGCCCGAGUGGGCAUCGGAGCCCAUUCUGGAAAGGUCCGAGAGCUGCGAGGCUGAGACCUUCCGUAAAUGCUUCAGGCAGUUCAGUUAUGAGGACGUGACUGGACCGCACGAAGCGUUUAGUAAACUCUGGGAACUUUGCUGCCGCUGGCUGAAGCCAGAAACGCGUUCCAAGGAGCAGAUCCUCGAGCUGCUGGUGAUCGAACAGUUUCUCACCAUUUUGCCCAAGAAGAUCCAGGCAUGGGCGCAGAAGCAGUGUCCGGAAAGUGGAGAGGAGGCGGUGGCCCUUGUAAUCUGUCUGGAGAAGGAGACUGGAAGACUGAGACAGCAGGUUAACAGUCCUGUGCACUCAGAGAAACAAGCCCCAAUUGGAACAACAUGGGAAGUGGUAGAACUUCUUCCAGAGCAAGUAGAAACCCAAUCCAGAGUGAUGUCUCAAGAGGAAGCUGGAAGCCUCCACUUAGAGCACCAGGAGCAACUGAACCGAAAGAGAGAACAUCAGCCCAUACCCAAGAGUGGUCAGCCUUCUUCCUGGCUUCCUGCUCCGGCUGAUGAGUGGAAUGUCAUAGAUCAAGAAGUAAAGACCACAUGUCUUCCUCUUGGGCCUCAGGGACCAGUGAAAGAUGUUCAUACAGCAAGAACUUUUUCCUGCAAGAAGAAUAUGAAUCAACUUCCUGGUCAUAGAGACCUUUGCCGUGAGAUUAGGAAGGAGAAUGUUGGGAACAUAGUCUCCCUAGGAAGUACAGUGUCUUCAUCUAACAAGAUAGCCCGAUUGGAGCAAAGAAAGGAACCGUGGACCAGAGAUCUACAUUCUUCUAAUAAAAGAAAUACCCUUAGAAGUAGUUACAUCAAUGAAAAGUCAGUUCAUCCUAUUCAGAUCCCUGCAAGGAACGCUGGGAAAACAUGGCGAGAGCCUCAACAGUGGGGUUUAGAAGAUGAAAAAAUAGCAGGAGUGCAUUGGAGCUAUGAGGAGACUAAGACUUUUCUUGCAAUUCUCAAAGAGUCUCGCUUUUAUGAAACACUUCAAGCUUGUCCCCGAAAUAGUCAGGUCUAUGGUGCUGUAGCUGAAUGGUUACGUGAAUGUGGCUUUCUUAGAACACCAGAACAAUGUCGGACCAAGUUCAAAAGUCUCCAGAAGAGUUAUCGGAAAGUGAGAAAUGGCCAUUUGCUGGAACCUUGUGCCUUCUUUGAGGACAUGGAUGCUUUGUUGAACCCUGCAGCUCAUGCUUCAUCCUCUGAUAAGUCAAAGGAGAUUUUAUCUCUUCCUCGAUUGAAGAGAAUUGGUAUCAGUGCUAAAGAACAGAUCAGUUUGGUGGAAGAGGAUGAAGCUGCAGAAGAAUCUGAUAGUGAUGAGAUAGGCCUUGAAUUUAUCAGGAAGUCUGAGACUCGUGGUGCUCCUGUCUUAUUUCAGAACCUGAGUGGUGUGCACUGGGGCUAUGAGGAAACCAAGACUUUUCUUGAUAUCCUGCGUGAGACUCAUUUUUAUGAAGCACUCCAAGCCUGUCACCGGAAGAGCAAAUUGUAUGGGGCUGUGGCUGAGCAACUGCGAGAGUGUGGCUACCUCCGGACACCAGAACAGUGUCGUACAAAGUUCAAGAGCCUUCAGAAAAGUUACCGCAAAGUGAAAAAUGGCCAUGUACUAGAAUCUUGUGCAUUCUAUAAGGAGAUGGAUGCCCUGAUUAACUCUCGGACCUCUAUCCCUUCUACCAACAUACCGGAGGAAGUCCCAUCACCCUCAAGUCAAGAAAGAGACGAAAUUGAGAUUGAGUCCCAGGAACCUUCAGUCUGGGAAGCUGAAGAAACUUCAGAGGAGGCCAUAAUAGAAGAUUCUGGCAGUGAGAGAAUGAGUGAGGAAGAAAUUCUGCAAGAAUCAGAAUUGCAGGGUUCUGCAGGUCUGCUGCAAAGUCCAAGUGAUUCUGAAAUUGAAAGUAGUAUCAAGCAAGAUGCAACACAGGUAAUAUAUAAGGAAAUGGAGUCACAUAGGACAUUCAUAGAAAAGUCUAAAAGGGUUGUUUUCCAGAGUACUGAUCCAGGUAAAUAUCAUAAAAGGGAAUGCAUCUCAGGAAGACAAUGGGAAAACCUCCAAGGAAUGAGACAGGGAAAAUUUUUGCCUCAGCCUAGAGACUUAGGGAAAGCUAUAGUGCAUCAGAGGCCUUUCAUGGGGAAGAGACCCUACAGACUUCUCAAAUAUGGAGAUAACUAUGUAAGGAGUGCUCGUCUUAUGUGCCGGAUUACCCAUCAAAAGGAAAAUCCUUACAAGUGUAGUGUCUGUGGGAAGUGUUUUGGUAGAAGCAGGAGCUUAAUUAGACACCAAAGAAUCCACACAGGAGAAAAACCUUUUAAAUGUCUAGACUGUGGUAAAAGCUUCAAUGACUCUUCAAACUUUGGUGCUCACCAGAGAAUACACACAGGAGAGAAACCCUACAGAUGUGGAGAGUGUGGAAAAUGCUUUAGUCAGAGCUCAAGUCUUAUUAUACAUCAGAGAACCCACACUGGAGAGAAACCUUAUCAGUGUGGAGAAUGUGGGAAAAGCUUUACCAAUAGUUCUCAUUUCAGUGCCCACCGGAGAGUCCACACUGGUGAGAAUCUCUACAAAUGUGUUGAUUGUGAAAAAAGUUUCAGUAACCUCACACGAUUUCGAGAACAUCGGAGAAUGCAUACUGGAGAGAAACCUUAUGGAUGUGGCCAAUGUGGCAAACGUUUCAGUAAGAGUUCUGUUCUUGCCAAGCAUCGGGAAGUUCAUAUGAGAGAAAGGCUUCUGCCUCACCCUCUGCCUGUGUAUUCCCCAGAAAACCUGCAUAAGGGUAAAACUGAUGAAUUUAGGAAACCUUUUUGAUAUGUUUGUUUCUCUUCCCAAGCAUUCCUGUAGCCAUUUCACCCUAAUCUCACUCUUGGAAGCAAUCUUUUCUUUGCUAUAAAGCGUAAUACCCAAGAUAAACUUGAGAAUUUAAUUCCACUAAAGACUUGGAUCCUAUUCUCACCUCUGCCUCGAACGAUCAGUCUUCCUGUCCUGUGUGUAUCAACUUCUCCUUAAGAGAGUGAAGAAGCGAUAGUGUCUGUGUUCAGCAUACACCUCUCAUCAGUAUAUUGAGGCCAGUGCUAUUGGAUUGCUAAGUCCAGAAAUAUUCAAGAUCGUUCAGUGUAGUUCAGAGUUCUUUUCAAGUAUAUUUUUUUAAAAAAAACUGAUCUUUUUUUCUUUUUCAUUGUCUUUACCUAAGCUCCUGAAUGCACCUUUAUUUGGAGUUUCAUGUGUGGGUAGAACUUUCAGGAGUCUGAUCAGAAUUACAUCAAGUGUAAGAUACUUUAGCUUCAGAAGUCUAUUGUGGUGUACUUUUUUGUGACAAGAAGUUGAUCCAAAUUGCUAGGGUAGAAUUCUGCAUUGUCACUGGAAUCAGAUUACUAAUGCCUUGCCCUCCAUACGGAUAAGAAGCAGGUGAUUACUUAUUGUCUUUGGUAAUAACCUUUUCUAUUCCUGUAGAGAAACACCAUUGGCUGCUACUUCUCCAAUCUAUAAGUAGUCUAUUUCCUUUUACUGUUUUUCCUAAGUCCUGCACUUACCACCUCAUUGUUCUGGAUGCUCUUGUCUGACUCUUUUGGGUUACCAUGCUCCCACAGAUUGAAUAGGAUGCAUGCUCUUGGUUAUCUCAUUAAAGUAGAAUUUCAGAUACAUUUAGUUAUCCCCAAUACUCUAAGAUUCUUAUGUAUACCAAAACUGGUAUUUUGCUGUAUUUUAUGCUUUCGGACCUCACAACUCAGUAUAAUAUAUAGCUUUCUAAAACGUAGAGCAUUUGGGAAGAAGUGAGGUAA